AUGUCCUCUCAAAAGCGUCGCAUAGACAAAGAGGCUGUAGGCCGUGCAGAAGAAGGAGAUAAGGGCAUCUCCCGUGAGGUACGGCUUCAACAUUCGUGGGAAGCACUCCUUGGGGUUGCUCCCAGGCCAAAGGACCAGAGGAUGGAGCACCUCACCCAUGUCAAUACCUUGGAGGAGCAGAUUAAGGGCCUACGUUCUGAAAUCGAACAACUGAACGCGGAAAAGGAAAAGCUCGGCGCCAAAGCUUCUUCAGAGGACGGAGCAUCAAUAAGCUCUGGUGGUCGCAAAGGCUCUCUAGGCUGGCUAGUCGCAGAGUUGGGUUACGUUUCCAGUGUUGCUUCGAAGCUUGGCUUGAGCCUCCAGAAACCAACCGACCACCGUGAACUGCCAAUUCUGUGCGGUGUGAUCUGCGAUAAGGAACAGCUUGUCGGUCUGAAGAGCUUUAUGGGAGUUUUCGCGGACUCUCCCUCCCAGGAUGGGUGCUUUUUCUGCCUUAGUCAGGCUGGUCAUGGACUCAUGGCUCCUAUGCUCGCCUUUGGGGAGGAUGGUUUACGUUGUCAAGUGCAUGGAGAUGACGAUGUCUGCGUCUGGAUCUCAAAGCGUGAGGGGCGCUGGGUUAUCGGAACCAGCCGGGGUUAG